AUGGCGCCGGGCAGAUCGACGAGAGCGACACGCGGGGCGCGCCAGACCUCGGUCGUACCAGAAGCACCCUUAGAUACUCCCGACAAUGCGCUACGCACACAAGUCGCGACCGUCUUCCGCGACGCCCAAAAGACCACGGCAUCCCAUCGCAAGCUGGCCGUGACCCUGCGCAAGAUACAAGAAGCAUGCUGCUACGAGCCGACGAGUACGAAGAAGCCCGCCGAGGCCGACGAGUUCGAGGAAGAUGACUUCAACAAGGAGUUUGUGCGCUGUGUCCUGCGCGUCAUGCCCAUCAAGAAGAGCGAGGGAGUCGGCGAGAAGACGGUGCGCUUCAUCGGUCUGUUCCUGCGGCAUGCCGUCGAGAAGGAUAACGAAAUUCUCGGCGAGGCCGACCCGGACGCCAGCACCAUGCCCGAGACACCCAGCACCCGGCUUACCGGACACUUGAUGGAAACCGUUCUUCCCUUGAUGAUCGCCAAGGACAAGUUUGUGCGCUAUCGAUCAACGCAACUCAUAUCUCAUAUCAUCAACUCCCUCGACGCGAUUGAUGACGACCUCUUCCAGAAGCUACGGUCAAGUCUACUUAGGAGGAUUCGCGACAAGGAGGCCAUGGUUCGCGCACAGGCUGUGCUGGGUCUUGGACGCUUGGCUGGCAACCAGAUCGAGGGCGAACCGAAUUCCGACGAUAGCGACGAUGAUGGAUCGACUGGUCUUCUCGAAAAGCUCCUCGAAGUCUUGCAGAACGACCCUAGUGCCGAUGUGAGAAGAUCUCUCCUGGUUAACCUGCCGAUUUUGCCGACGACCCUGCCAUACCUGCUGGAACGAGCACGCGACCAAGAUGCGCUUACGCGGCGCGCUGUCUACUCCCGUCUUCUGCCUGCGCUGGGCGACUUCCGUCAUUUGUCACUCUCUAUGAGAGAGAAGCUUCUUCGCUGGGGCUUACGCGACAGAGACGAAAAUGUGCGCAAGGCCGCCUGCCGCCUAUUUCGUGAAAGAUGGAUCGAGGAUUGCGCCGGGACUGCGCCCCCCGUUGAAGGAGGCCAGCCUUCCGAGGUAUCACCCCCAAGCAUGGAGGCUCUGCUGGAGCUCCUGGAGCGCAUUGAUGUUGUCAACUCUGGAGGAGAGAACGGUGUCGCUCUCGAAGCCAUGAAGGGCUUCUGGGAGGGCCGUGCUGACUACAGAAACGCAGUCAAUUUUGAUGAUAACUUCUGGGAGACACUCAGCUCGGAAUCCGUGUUUGUCGCCCGGACAUUCAACGACUUCUGUAGGAACGAGGGCAAUGGGAAAUACGAGUCCCUCGUCGACGAGAAGCUACCCGAAGUCACCAAACUCGCAUUUUACUUGGAGCGAUACGUCAAGGUGCUCAUUGAUGCCAUCAAGAGGAUCAAUGAGCAGGAAGUGGAAGAUGAAGAGGAGGAAGAAGACACAGUCGAGCAAGAGUUCAUUGUCGAGCAGCUUCUCCACAUCGCCCUUACCCUGGACUAUUCGGAUGAAGUUGGCCGUCGCAAGAUGUUCGCCCUUUUACGACAAACCCUCUCUAUCCCGGAACUCCCCGAUGAAGUCACCAAACUCACCGUCCAGGUGCUACGAGACCUUUGCGCCCCCGAUGCUGCCGGCGAGAAGGAAUUCUGCAGUAUUGUACUUGAAGCCGUUGCUGACGUGCACGACACCAUCGUUGACGAUGUUCCUGACGAAGGCGACAUUGACGACAACGAGUCCUUUCACUCAGCUAGAUCCGAGGUCAGCGACGACGAAGAUUCUCAAUCUAAGAAAAAGAAGAAUAAGGGCCCUGAACUGUCGGAGGAGGAGGCGGCUCAGAAAGCCAUCAAGGAGAUCAUGAUCAACAUGAAGUGUCUCCACAUUGUGCAGUGCAUGCUCACCAAUGUCGCCGGCAAUCUCCAGAGAAACGAUCAUCUAGUUUCCAUGCUCAACAACCUUGUCGUUCCCGCCGUGCGCAGCCACGAGGCCCCUGUUCGCGAGCGUGGUCUCGUCUGUCUCGGCCUUUGCUCGCUCCUCGACCGCUCGCUUGCCGAGGAGAACCUCACCCUGUUUAUGCAUUUCUUCGCAAAGGGCCACACUGCUCUCCAGAUCACCGCCCUGCAUAUUCUUACCGAUAUUCUCAAUGUGCACGGCGCGCAGCUGCUCUCGAAUAACACCAAUCUCCUCAAGGUUUACGUCAAGGCCCUGCGCGCUGGCGGAAGAUCUCCCGAGGUCCAGGCGGCCGCUACUGUGGCCGUCUCCAAACUCCUGCUCGGCCGUGUUGUUAGUGACGUCGACGUAUCUGCGGAGCUGCUCAAGACCCUUGUUAUCGCGUACUUCGAGCCCGCCAGUGCAGAAAACCAGAGCGUUAGACAGGCACUCAAUUACUUUUUACCUGUGUUCUGCUACUCGCGGCCAGAGAACCAGGAUCUGAUGCGCCGGGUUGCGCUGGAUGCCCUGCAUACCUUGUACAAUGUGCGCGAAGGCCUGGAUGACGAAGAGGCCGAUGUAGAUGAUCAGAUGGUCAGCAUGUCGACCAUCGCUGCCUGCUUGGUCGACUGGACGGAUCCCAGAAAGUGCUACAAUCCCGAUGAAGGGUUCAGCGCCGGCCUUGACCCCGAGAAGAAGACCGUUUCGGCAGAUGUCCACCUCGACUUUGCCAAGGAUAUUCUCGAAAGGCUACAAGGAAAUGGAGCCAAAGAAGAAAAGCGCAUCAUGGCCGCCCUUCUCGCAAAGCUCUACAUCCCAUCCGGCUCCUCUUCCUCCAACCCCUCCUCGCCCAUCAAGAUCCGCGACGUCUACGCCCUCGUCACCAACGCUGUCGAGAAUAACCUCCUCUCCGACGCCACCUCCCGCAACGCCCUCUACAAGGUCCACGUCUCCCUUGGCAAGAUCGUCAACGCCCUCGAUGCCGCUGCCGAGCAAGAUGCCGCCAACAACGCCGCGGGCCGCCAUGCCUCCAUUGCCUCCGGCGCCACCACCCAUAGAAGAAGCGCCAGCAGGGCAGGCAGCGUCGCUCCUAGCCGGGCGGGUAGCGUGGCGCCUCCGACUAGCGAAGCCAGUGGCGGCGGCGGGGCUGUGUCCAGAGCCGGUUCCGUCGCACCAUCUGCGUCUGGUGCUACUGCCGCGCCUGUUAACAGCAGGAAGAGAAAGGAAAGAGAGGUCAGCGUUGCCGUCUCCAUCAAGGAGGAGGACGAGAACGAGGACGAGGGCGAGGAUGUGGAAAUGGGUGGUACGCAAGUCGGCGAUGAUGAUAAUGCUGGUGAUCGGGAAACAACACCAAAACAAACUGCGACAGAAGCCCAGGAGCCGAGCACGGAACAGAGAAGGUUGUUGAGAGGCGUUUCUCUGAGGAGCAGGAGGCAGAGCUCGCAGAGUGUGGUUAGCGUACAACCGCAGCAGCAACAAGAGGAGGAACAGGAAGAACAACAUCAACCGACAGGAAGGAGAGGGAGUAGGAGGGCUAGUGCGAUGAAAGCCAAGGCCCGGUUGAGUGCUGGGCGGAGCAGUAGAGCAGGUACGGAGGAUAUUGCGGAGGAGAUACUGGAUGAUAGUGAUGGAGAUACGGUGAUGGAGAGGACGAAAAUUGAGGAGGAGGACGAAGAAGAACAAGAAGAAAAAAAGGGAGAGGACGAGGAACAGGACGAUGAGGUGGGAGGGGAAGAGGAUGGAGAAGAAGAAGAAGAGAAGGAGGAGGACGGUGAUGGCGAUGAUGGAGAGAACGAAGGGAAAGAUGAUGAUGAGCUUGUUGAUGAGUUAUUGUCGGAUGAAGAUGACGACUCCGAAUAGGGUUGCGUACGGAUUAAAGACGCACAUUCUGGAUUGUUGAACUACAUAUGAACUGACUUGAUUGGGUUUGGGUGGGACAAUACGUACCAUAUGGAGGCUCCGUGUUUCUGGCUUUGGUUCAUGUCGUUUGCUUGCUGUCGAGGCCUGAGUGAGCUUCUUGAGCUAAGACGUGUUGCCUUGGUUUAUUUUGUCCUUGAACAUUGCAGGAUACCGUUGAAUGAAAUGUCAAAAGGCUUUCUUUGUUUGCUUCCAUGCAUUUCAACUUUAGCAUCUCCUCAUCCAGGUGAUGCUGAGGAACGAUUUCGAGAAUUUAUCUACUCGUUCUAAUCUAACCUCUAUAUCUACUACAAGCAACCAACACACCAUGAUCCACACAUCCUAUCAAACCACUGGCCCUUCCUUGGGC